UAUGGAAACUCAACCUCGCUCUGAUACCACUUAUUGGGAUUGGAAAAUUCUUCUAUUCAAUAUCAAGAACAGAAUUACAAUAGGAGGAGCAAACUCUCACACUCAACUAUUACAAAAAACCAAUCCUCACCAAUACACUUCUACACUAAGUGUAUUUCACUCUUCACACACUUUUCUCACUUUCUAAACUGAUAUUAUGAACAACAAUGAAGCACACUAUGUAUAGAGCUGGUUUGGAGACAUGAGGAAGUUGCAUCCAAGCUUCCUAGUUAUCUCCAUAUCUUCUCCCACACCUAUUUGUUGGAGAGCUCUUUCCAAGAAGGUGCCUCCACGUUAAGAUGUCUCUCGCCAACUUCCAAGAAAGAAGGUGGAAGAUACCUACGGUAAUUACUCCCCUUCCUUAGAUACUACCAUUAUUCUUGUAUAAAUUGUGGUAAUACAAAGAUUUCCUCUCAAGGGAUUUUGUUCAAUCUCCUAUAUGGUACUACCUCCGUCCCUUAAAACUUUGUCAAAGUUGACCGGCACGGAGAAUAAUAAAGUAAAAACUGUGUGGUUGAGAUUUGUGCAGAGGAGAGAGAAAAAACAAAAACCACAAAAUAGUUGAUUAAAAGAGAAAGUGUCAAAGUUUUUUGGGACAUCCUAAAAAGGAAAGAUGACAAAGUUUUAAGGGACGGAGGGAGUAUCAGACUAGGUCGAUACUACUCCCUUUCCGCCAUGGCUGGUGAAUCCUCCACGCCAAGAGCAACCAUUCAUCCUGCCCUCACCAUUAACAACAUUAAAACUCACAUCCCAAUCACACUUGAUCUCAAGGAAGAUGAAUACUCAUCCUGGGUUUUCCUGUUUGAGCUUCUUCACCUUGAGGCACAAAACCUCAUGUUUCUCAUAAACCAGGAUCCUGCUCCGAGCACCAUAGAUGUACCCACCGCAAACAGCUUGAUGCAUUGGUUCGACAGUGGAUGUUCUCCACCAUGUCAAAGGACUUGAUGCUCAUAGUUCUCAAAUAUGGGAAAACUGCCAGGGAUUUUUGGGAGCACCUCAAAACUCUGUUCCAGGACAAUAAAGGGACUCGUGCAGCAACUCUGGAGUAAAUUUGUCAAUCUCAAGUUCACUGAUUGUUCCGACGUUGACGAUUACUGUGAUAAGCUCAAAGCUAUCUCCGACAAACUCCAGGAUCUCAAGUUUCCCAUGGAUGACAAGCGGUUAGUCAUACAGCUCGUCAAUGGCCUCCCUCCAGAAUAUGAUACUGUAGCUGCGCUCAUCUCACAGACCAAUGAGACCAUUCCAUCUUUUGAGGCGGCUCGGUCACAGCUCCGUACAGAGGAACAACGCCGGGUUCACCAGUCUUCUGCCGCUCCGCCCACUGCCUUGGCAUCUCAAGAACCUGCUGUCCCUGCUGCUUUCACCGCUCCAUCACAAAAUCAGGCUCCCACUCCUGCUUUCACCGCUCGCCAAGCUCCGCUGCGUUUCUCGAAUCCCAUAGGAGGACGUCACAAUCGCUCGAACGGUCGCCACCCAUCUGGAUCUACUCCAGCCGGCACCUUCGGUUCUGGUCUCCCGUCGCCUCCUGCGGUUGCUCUAGUUGCUGCUCCUCUGAUUUCCGGCUAUCCAUGGCACCCUUACUGGGCCGUUCCGCCUUGCCCCUAUCCUACGGCGGCGGCACCCUUCUGGUCGGGACCUUCUGCUCCAGUCUCUCGCCCGCAGAUUUCGUCGAAGGGGAAGGCUUCACACUUGUCAAAUACGAGCCAGGCCCUUAUUACCCCAACCACUGAAUUUUUAAAGCCCGAAGAUAUAGUAGAG